CGGACAACAAUAACAACGAAAAAACACAUUUUAGCACGAUUUUGUUGUGGUCCUAAGAAUUUCCGUGAUUUCUCAAAGAAUUAAAUCCCGCUACGCAAGAUGAUUAUUCCAAUCCGUUGUUUUACCUGCGGCAAGGUCAUUGGCAACAAGUGGGAGUCUUAUUUGGGUCUCCUGCAGGCGGAAUACACGGAAGGAGAUGCCCUUGAUGCGUUGGGUCUGAAGAGGUACUGCUGCCGUCGCAUGCUCCUGGGACACGUGGAUCUCAUCGAGAAACUGCUCAACUACGCUCCGCUGGAGAAGUAAACCGGGUUAAUGGUACAUCCACAUUGGACUCGGGAAUAAAAACUCUAGAUUUUAUUGUAAAAUUACAAAUUAAAGCUUGAUGUAUAGCCCUAGAAGUUAUA